CGCCCCUCCCCCGCCGGAGCCCGGAUGAGGAAGUGAGCGCUGACAGGGCUGGGUUCCGUCAGAGAGUCGAAGCCGAACCGCGUCCAGACCGACCCAAACAGAGCCGCACUGCGAACCGAACCCGCCUCCGCCGCCGCCUUCAGUCCCGCAGACACCGCCACCGACCGCCGCAGACAUGAACGAGCAGCAGCUGGACUGUGCACUGGAUCUGAUGAGACGUCUGCCUCCACAGCAGAUCGAGAAGAACCUCAGCGACCUCAUCGACCUGGUGCCCAGUCUGUGUGAGGACCUGCUGUCGUCGGUGGAUCAGCCGCUGAAGAUCGCUCGUGAUAAAGUUGUGGGUAAAGACUAUCUGCUGUGUGACUAUAACCGUGAUGGAGACUCCUACAGAUCCCCCUGGAGUAAUAAAUACGAGCCUCCGAUCGACGACGGAGCCAUGCCCUCGGCUCGCCUGCGCAAGCUGGAGGUGGAGGCCAACAACGCCUUCGACCAAUACAGAGACCUGUACUUCGAGGGCGGGGUUUCCUCCGUGUAUCUGUGGGAUCUGGACCACGGCUUCGCCGGAGUCAUCCUCAUCAAGAAAGCUGGAGACGGCUCCAAGAAGAUCAAGGGAUGCUGGGACUCCAUCCAUGUGGUGGAGGUGCAGGAGAAGUCCAGCGGGCGUACGGCUCACUAUAAGCUCACGUCGACCGUCAUGCUGUGGCUGCAGACCACUAAAACCGGCUCGGGCACCAUGAACCUGGGCGGCAGUCUCACCCGACAGAUGGAGAAAGACGAGACGGUCAGUGAAUCCUCUCCUCACAUCGCUAACAUCGGCCGCCUGGUGGAGGACAUGGAGAACAAGAUCCGCUCCACUCUCAAUGAGAUCUACUUCGGCAAGACCAAGGACAUCGUGAAUGGCCUGAGAUCUAUCGAGUCUCUCCCUGAUAAUCAAAAGUACCGUCAGCUGCAGCGGGAGCUCUCUCAGGUUCUGACCCAGCGUCAGAUCUACAUUGAUUAGGGAGCGUUCAGACGCUGGCGGAUAAAUCGAAGCAGGAGGCUCUGAAGAACGACCUGAUGCACGCUCUUAGCCAACGCAGCAAACAGCAGAGCUAGAGACGAGUGUCUCUCUCUCACUCUCUCACUCUUUCUCUCUCUCU